CUUUAAAGUGUGAGAAAGCGAGCGAAGAGCGAAGAGCGAAGAGCGAGAGAGAGAGAGAGACUCACCUUUUUCUCUCUCCCAUUUCGCUCCCUAAACCAAAUUUCAACGGAGAAGACACAAACCAACUCUACUCCGCUAAUGGAGGACGAAAAUUCGGCUCCGACUACAUCAACCAUGCAAUGCCGCAGCCUCCACGGUCUUCAUAAACCUCCAACACCUUCCGGUGAACGCCGCUUCUUGAUCUUCCUCGCCUUUUCUCUUCUAUGGUCCUUCGCCGACGGAGCUUUCGAUUAUGCCGAUGCUCUCUCCAAGAGUCUCCUCUACUUCGAGUCUCAGCGAUCCGGGAGGUUGCCGUACAACCAGCGCGUCAACUGGCGAGACCAUUCCGGUCUUACCGACGGUCUUGAACAAGGAGUUGAUUUAGUUGGAGGAUACUACGACGCUGGUGAUCAUGUGAAGUUUGGUCUCCCAAUGGCCUUCACGAUAACGAUGCUAUCGUGGAGUGUGAUUGAGUACCGACGAGAAAUUGAAGCUGCUGGAGAAUUAGAGCACGCUCUCGAGGCCAUAAAAUGGGGAACGGAUUACUUCAUUAAAGCACACACUAGCCCCAAUGUGCUAUGGGCGGAGGUCGGAGAUGGAGAUACGGAUCAUUACUGCUGGCAGAGACCGGAGGAUAUGACGACAUCACGGCAAGCGUACAAAAUCGAUGAGAAGAAGCCGGGGUCAGAUCUGGCUGGAGAGACGGCGGCAGCGAUGGCAGCGGCGUCGAUUGUUUUCAGAAAAACGAACUCACAUUACUCGCACUUGCUGCUCCAUCAUGCGCAACAGUUGUUUGAAUUUGGGGAUAAAUUCAGAGGGAAAUAUGAUGCAAGUGUGGGGACAGUGAAGAGCUACUACGCGUCGGUGAGUGGGUAUAAAGAUGAACUGCUGUGGGCUGCGCUGUGGCUGUUUGAGGCCACCGACAAUCAACAAUAUUUGGAGUACGUCGUUAACAAGGCUCAUUGCUUCGGUGGCAUUGGCUGGGCCAUUUCUGAGUUCAGCUGGGAUGUUAAGUACGCUGGCGUCCAACUCAUGGCUUCUAAGUUUCUAAUGCAGGGGAGGCAUCAAAAUAAGGAGCAAACAAAAAUCCUGAAGCAAUACCAAUCCAAAGCAGAGUAUUACCUUUGCACCAUCCUCAACAAGAACAACGCCAGCAAUGUCGACCGAACUCCGGCCGGCCUUCUAUUCAUCCGCCAAUGGAACAACAUGCAAUACGUCUCUACAGCUUCGUUUCUUCUCACUGUCUACUCCGACUACCUCCGCCGUUCCAACCUCCAUCUCAACUGCCCCACAGGCCCCGUGGAUCCCGAUGACCUUUUCAUUUUGGCAAAACAACAAAUAGAUUACAUUCUGGGCUCCAACCCAAUGAACAUGAGCUAUUUCGUGGGAUUUGGCUCCAAGUUUCCGACUAGAGUUCACCACAGAGGAGCCUCGAUUGUGUCGUACAGAGAAAACAAGGCGUUCAUUGGGUGCACACAAGGCUACGACAAUUGGUACGGCAAGGGAGAUCGGAAUCCAAACGUCGUGGUUGGGGCGUUGGUUGGCGGCCCUGAUUGCCAAGACAAUUUUGCCGAUGAGAGAGGGAAUUACAUGCAAACUGAGGCUUGCACGUACAAUACGGCGCCGUUGGUUGGAAUUUUUGCCAAAUUGUCUCAAUUUGAAGGUUCGGACCCGGGUCGAACCCGAAGCGACCAGCUCCUACAUGCUUCAUAUUGAGACACAAAUGACAAAACAAGUAAAAUUUAAGAUCUAAGAAGAAGAAGAAAAUAUAUAAUAUAAAUAUAUAUAUAUAUAUAUUUAUAAAUGUGUUUGGGGGGAGGGGGGGAAGAAAUUGGGAUUUUGAAAAUUUUCUUAUGAAAUUUGAAAAGAAAAAGAAAAAUGUUGAUUUGGGAGGCUGAAUUUAAGGAGUUGUAGCCCCAGCUUUUUCUUUUUGUGUAGCUUCAUUUAAUCUUUGUAUGUAUAAUUAUAUAUACAUAUAUAUACCCAUUACUAAAAAGGUAAUUAAAGUUCCACAUCUCGUGGCUUUCUUUUCCCA